UUCCAUUUUUCACUUUUACGUAGAUGCUUUACCCGUACCUUACAAGGACGAUUGCAAGUUAGUUUCUCAUCUUUAUCUUCCUUUUCGCAGCCUUAGCCGAGGCGACAAACUCCAUCAAGAUUGCUCCAGAAACAGUAGACAAGCCCCCGAAACGGUUGAUUGGGCUGGGUUCAUGGACUCCAAGUGUUGAGCUUCAAGAUAACCAACAUACUGGGGAACCAUUUGACUGGCCCAGUUCCUGGACUCACGCAAACGCUGGACUUGCUGCAGACGCUUCGGAAAAGGCCAUAGACGACAAAGAAAGCGGAGAGGAAGAGUUUGGCUUAGAAGACACUGCCGAUAAGGAAGCCGAUAAUAAGUACAAGGAAGUCGAGGGCAGUGAUAACAGCGAUAGUCGUAGCGAUAACGAUAGCGACGAUACCGGUGAUAGUAUUACCAGUGAGGGCCACAUCAGAUCUGCAACCGAACUUGGCAGCCUCAGAGACAGAUCCUGCAGUGGCAACAGCGAAAGUGGAAGUGAAAGUGACUUCGGAAAGACUCUUUACGAACUCGCUACGGGGAUAUCAAGUGGCCGAGAUAAGGACGAAGAAGAAUCUGAUUACCAGCCCUCUAAUCACUCCGAAGACUCUUUUGGCUCAGAACUCUCCUGGCCGCUACUACGCCACAUCACUAUCUCACGGGAUCAAACGCAUGCCAGCUCCUUCAACAAAGAACUACUUGCCGCGCUUGAGCAAAACCAGCGGGAACAAGACUUACCCAUAAAUCAGGUAACUGAGGGGAAAGAGGAAGAAGACCACCUUUUACAGACAUACUUCGCCUUCCCCUUGGCGACUAGAACCCCCGCCCUUGACGACUACCAGAUGAAACUCAUUCUUUUGGAUCAGCAGAAUAGGAGACGAUUUAUGAUAGCCAGGCAGGAACAGGACAUGGUUCUAGGUCCCUCGACUUCGGUCGAGGUUGCCCCAGCACAGAUUGUAAAUGCUGCCUUGGAAGUUGAACAUGAGACUAAGAAAGACAAGGAACCUGCCAAUGCCGAAGCUCCUGUCAACUUUGUCCAGAUCGCGCAGCUGGAGCAAGAGAUACAGAAGUUGCGAAAGCUGCAAAACACACUUAAAUCUACUACCUGGCUUGUCCUUUACAAGAUUGAGGGCGAAGAGACUACCUACCUUGUAGAACCCUCUUGGAUCUUGAAAAAGGAGCAGCCACUCCGUUUCAGGGGAAACGAGCCGCUAGCGGACGAAGCUGGGUAUCUUAAACAUAGGCUUGAUGCUGCAUUUGUGGUGUAUAAACACUAUGAACCUGGGUUUCAGUCAAAGGAUGUCAGAAAGGCGGUGGCAGAAGGAUCAACUAUACCAGUCCCGAAACCGGCUAGAGAGGUUGUUCAGCCUCUCUCUGAGCAGAUGAUUAGGGAACUGGAUGAAUAUGUUGACUCCCUUCCAUCUUUCAAGGAAAAGUUCUCUGGUUGGAGAUCCAAGGAUCCUAUCGAGUCGCCUUUUCUAUUUUGGUACUGCUAUCGAUCUUCAGGUACUCUUGCGGGUAUGGAAGAGCCUCACAGGAAGCAGAUGCUACUUCUUACAGAAUGGAUCGACAGAAACUACAGUGAAAUGUACGCUGAAGUGGAGACCAAGUUCUCGGAAGGUCAUGUAUCCAAAACAACGAUGCCUUUCUUCAUACAACCUGGAGAAGUACUGGUAUCAAAGAAUGAAAAAGGCAUCCAGGGAUAUAUGGCUGAGUCGUGGCCUGUCAAACUCCAUUCCACUACUUCCCCACCCGAUUAUCCCAAUGGGGCUCCAAAGGUUAGUCAAGCCUGGUCUGUCAAAGCUUGGAGUUACGGAUAUGAUGGGAAGUUCUACCGCAACUCAACCACACUCUAUAUCGAUCUCAAGUUCGACGAAGACAACCCAGAUGUCAGCAUCGCAAAGCUGAACAUCCUGCCGAUAAGGUUUGGGAACAGUGAAUUCCGCACCAAGCUCGACCGUCGUGGACGGACUAUGUGGGCUUGUAGAAAGAGGAAUCUAGUUGCCUACAAAGACACUACUGAGGACGAUCUCUCUGGGGAGGGGGAGAGAUACAUGAUCGACUUCAACACAUACAAGCAACUUCAUUCAGAUUCGCACAAGUUCAAGAUAGCCUAUUCGUCGCUGAGCAGUCCAAAUCGCAAAGAAAUGGACGCGAAGGUUAUGGAAUGCGAUGAUCCGCCCCAUGGUGCUGAGCUGCUUGUCUUCCCCAACACAAUUGUCGGCUACAACCUCCGACAGAAGAAAUGGCAGGAUCUCCAGAUCGAUCUCAUGCAGAAGGUCCUCUGGAACAAGCAAGCUUUCAGACAUUUGGUUAUCGACCAAGAGAUCAAGGACAUCAUCCAGGCUCUUGUUACCAGCAAGUUGGACACUGAUCAGACGACUGACCUUAUCCAAGGAAAAGGCAACGGGCUGAUCAUCCUAUUGCAUGGAGGACCAGGUACAGGCAAGACCUUUACUGCUGAGAGUGUUGCAGAGCUAGCUGAGAAGCCGCUCUUUCGCGUCACUUGUGGUGAUAUUGGUACAAAUCCUGAAGCGGUUGAGAAGUAUCUUGAGUCAGUCUUGCACCUCGGUAAGAUCUGGGGCUGUGUUGUCUUGCUUGAUGAGGCCGAUGUCUUCUUAGAGCAGCGUACUCUUACAGACCUUGAGCGUAAUGCACUAGUCUCUGUGUUCCUGAGAGUCCUUGAGUAUUAUGAAGGAAUCUUAAUUCUGACCUCCAAUAGAGUCGGCACAUUUGACGAAGCUUUCAAAUCUCGAAUUCAACUUUCACUCCACUAUGAGAGUCUAACUAAGAACCAACGGCGAACCAUUUGGGAAAAUUUCCUCAAUCGACUAAACAACCUUGAGCAAGAGAACUUGAAGAUUGAGCCCAUUGAAGAGCGGAAGCGCAAGUUCGAAGAGAACAAGGGAAUCAAUUUUGAUGACAUUGAACGCCAUUUAGCGGAUUUGGCGGAGGAGCAAAUGAACUGGCGACGAAUUCGUAAUGCGAUCACGACGGCACGACAACUUGCCAAGUUUAAAGGUGAAAGAAUGAUGUAUCGGCACUUGGAGCAUGUCAUUAGAAUUUCAAGGAAAUUUGACAAGUAUCUGGAGAAGGUUAGAGAUAGUUAUACUGAUGACCAGGUGGCUAGGGAGGAAGGUAUUCGAUAAAAGGAGAGCCAACUUCUGAGAGCGUUGAGAGCUUAAGUCAGUAGAGAACUUGUUCUUGAUGUCAUAUUCCAUUGGUCGUAGUUUGCGAGCAUCUUUCGGCGCACUGCAGGAGUUAGUCCCGUGUUAGACUUUACACGAUUCGUUUCACCUCUA